GACAGAAAUGGCGGGAAAAUCUGAUCCCUCCUCGGAACGGAACACAAAAAUUAUAAUACCACCCCCCUAGCAAAAAUAAACAAGGAGAAAGGACAAAAAUAAUAACUGGCCAAAAAAUUCAUGAACCAUGAGAAACUGAAAAAAGUUUCUCUCUUUAGCCACCCUUGACAACCGGAGGGACGUCGAUCGGCGGUCAUAUUCCGGCGGAAUCUGAACUAUAUUACUCAGAAUUAAUGAUUGAAUGUCGUCACUGACACGGCUUUCGGAAUCAGAUACCACCUCCGAUAUGACCAAAACCGCCACCCCUGACAAUUCUGUCACGAAUGAUAAGAAAAAGAAGUCCAUCCUUCCAAAGAUCUUUACUUCCAAGAAGAAUGGGAGACAAAACUUGGAUGAUGACAUUUUCGAAUCAGAUGGAGUUGUUCUAGAUUUGGAAAGGAAAAUUAUUUCAUCAAGGAGGAAACCUUUCAAGGAGACGUCCCAUGUCAUAAGAAAAAGUUUCUCUGAAAGAGAGACUAGUCCAGGGAUUGAAGGGCUAAACCUAUCCAACUUCGAUUCGCCCAUGGCACCACCCACUGAAUUUCAAGAUGUCCGGGUAUUUGUGGCAACAUGGAAUGUAGGAGGAAAGACUCCCAACGCUGGCCUCAACCUUGAGGAUUUUUUGCAGAUGGAGGGUUCUGCAGACAUAUAUGUCUUAGGGUUUCAGGAAAUUGUUCCCCUGAGUGCAGGAAAUGUCCUGGUGAUUGAAGACAAUGAGCCUGCUGCAAAAUGGCUUGCUCUUAUAUGCCAAGCACUUAAUAGUCCACAGUAUGACCCUGAUACGACCGAUGGUUCAAGACUAUCAAACUACUCAAAGGACUCAAAAACCCAGGGCGGCAGUCAUCACUUCUUUCAGAAGCCUUCACUGAAGGUCCUUAGUAGGAACUUCAGGGCAGACACUCGGCUGCUCAAAACCUGCAAUUGCCCUUUGGAGACAAGGGCCUCAGAUAGGAGGAGGCCAAAAAAGCUCAGGGAACGUAUAAAUAAAUUUGACUCUGCUUCUGCUGACGACUUCCUCUCAGCUGCUGAUAUACCCUCUUAUCCUUCUUCACCUUGCUCCACGGGAUACAGCCUUAUCACAAGCAAGCAGAUGGUGGGUAUCUUCCUUUCAGUCUGGGCUCGGGAUGAGUUAGUUCAACACAUUGGCCACCUCAGAGUUUCAUGCAUAGGAAGAGGAAUCAUGGGCUGCCUUGGCAACAAAGGGUGUAUAUCAGUUAGCAUGACAUUGCAUCAAACGACGUUUUGCUUCGUAUGCAGUCACUUGGCUUCAGGGGAGAAGGAGGGAGAUGAGCUGAAGAGGAAUGCUGAUGUAGCCGAGAUCCUAAAGAAUACACAAUUCCCCAAGAUAUGCAAGAAUAUAAUUCGUCCAAUCCCAGAAAGGAUAGUAGAUCAUGAUCGUAUAAUUUGGCUUGGAGAUUUAAAUUAUCGGGUGGCUCUGAGCUAUGAUGAAACAAUAAUUCUGUUGGAGGAUAAUGACUGGGACUCCCUUCUACUGAAGGAUCAGUUGAUUGUUGAGAGAAUAGCAGGGAGAGUCUUUACCGGUUGGAAUGAGGGUCGGAUCUUCUUUGCCCCCACUUACAAGUACUCACACAAUUCAGACUCAUAUGCUGGAGAGACAGUCAAAUCUAAGAAGAAACGACGAACCCCAGCAUGGUGUGACAGGAUAUUAUGGCUUGGCGAAGGCAUUGAACAAUUAUCUUAUAUUCGAGGAGAGUCAAGAUUCUCUGAUCACAGACCUGUGUGUGGUGUCUUUUCUGUAGAGGUGGAGAUAAGGAGCAAAAGCACAAGAUUCAGAAAGGGUUACUCAUGUGCUGCUACUAGAAUUGAAUAUCUUGACUGCAUACCUCAAAGACACAGCUUCUAUGAGUUCUGAUUAAAACCAACUUGUAUAUUUUUAGGGUCUGGCGGAAGAAGCUGCCCAAUGUAUUAUUGCUUAGCCAUCAAUCUCUCAUUUUAGAAGCAAAAUAACAUGAGAUAUAUUAACUGGUCCAGGAAACUGCAUUAUAUCUGAUGAUGUAAUAAGGCUUUGUUACACAAUACAGGUAAAUAUACUACAAGU